UACCUCGGAUUUUAUAUGGCAAUGCAUUACAAGACUAUUUUUUCCCCAUUUAUUUUGCUUGACGACUGAUUUGGCUUUUUUCCCCUCUCUUGAAAUAUUCCUGUGAAAUUUGGGAAAUUAUUUUUAUUGUUGAGGACAGUCUUCUAUUUGCUCAGGUGAGGUGGGAGGUUUUGUGUUUGUGUCCCUACUAAUUAAAUUGUGUCUGAUACUUGGACUAAUUAACUAAGAGAAACACCCGUUCUAUUACCGGAGGAAAAAAGUGAGCCCGGUUUAAGCCGUUUUAAUACUUCUGAUCGAACGGCGUUCGAUGACUUUACGCUCCUUGAGUUCUUAUUUUGACAGGCGGUGAGGUGAUAGCCGAUUUAGACAUAAAACCAUCCAAAUUUUCAUUGAUUUAAACGACUCCUCCUACUUUUCUUCAGAUCAGGAAGUGGUGUAUGUUCAAAGAGUACAUCUGGACUGCGAAAUAACAGGUGCUGGGCAAAUGUGAUCGGAUCUACUUAAGGAGCGAACUAUCAAUUUUAUUUAAUGUUGGGCAGAAGAUUAACAUCUGUAAGAGUAAAUCAUCAACUGAACUGCAAUUGAUGGCAACUGACUGGGUGUCAGGCAGCGGGGACAAAGGCCGUCAGGAACGUGGACGCCUGAAUUUUAGGGUGUUUAACGUCGACCAGAGUCCAGUAAAACAGCAUGAUGUCGUAUCUCAAGCAACCUCCAUACACAGUGAACGGUCUGAGUCUCACGGCAUCGGGCAUGGAUCUGCUUCACCCUUCGGUCGGCUAUCCCUUCCUAGAAGGUCUGGUUUGUUUUAUAUGUUUCAAGCUACCCCGCGGAAGCAGCGGCGAGAGAGAACCACGUUUACACGAGCACAGCUGGACAUUUUGGAGGCGCUUUUCGCCAAGACUCGUUAUCCAGAUAUCUUCAUGAGGGAAGAAGUGGCACUGAAAAUCAACUUGCCCGAAUCUAGAGUGCAGGUGUGGUUCAAAAACCGCCGAGCGAAGUGUCGCCAGCAGCAGCAACAACAGCAGAACGGAGGGCAGCAUAAAGUUAGACCCGCGAAGAAGAAGAGUUCUCCUGCCCGGGAACUGGGCUCUGAAAGCGUGGCCGGCGGCCAAUUCACGCCGCCCUCCAGCACCUCGGCGACGGCCAUCUCGAGCAGCACAGCCCCGGUGUCAAUCUGGAGCCCGGCUUCCAUAUCACCCAUCGCCCCUGACUGCCUCUCCACGUCCUCGUCUUGCAUGCAGCGUUCCUACCCCAUGACCUACACCCAAGCCUCGGGUUACACGCAGGGAUAUGCCGGAUCCACGUCCUACUUUGGGGGAAUGGACUGCGGCUCUUACCUGUCCCCUAUGCAUCACCAACUCCCCGCCCCAGGCACGGGGCUCAGUCCCAUGGGCACAAACGCAGUCACCGCUGGCCACCUUAACCAGUCUCCGGCCUCCCUCACCGCCCAAGGCUACCCGGCCGGCGGAUUAGGUUUUAAUUCCACCGAUUGCUUGGAUUAUAAAGACCAGACAGCUUCAUGGAAACUCAACUUCAACGCCGACUGCUUGGAUUACAAAGAUCAAACGUCCUCAUGGAAGUUCCAAGUUUUGUGAAGUGCCGGGACUCUGUUUGAACCUGGACAAAUCAUUCCAAUGUCAGAUCUUCGAGCACGAAACGACAUAAUUCCCAUGCGUGUGGCCAAGUCUGGAGGUUGAACACUUUGGAAUGGACAGGACAAUAUUUGUGAUUAUUCCAAUGUUAGCCAUUUUUUUUUAAAGGUUGGCAUUUAAAACAUAAAGGACCAUCAGGGCUGUGUGAAUUGUGCGAUUGGUUGUCACAGAUGCACUACUUUAUUUAAAAAAUGUUUAUAAGGGUCUCCAUAUGUAGUCCUCAGAGACAAUCAGUGUGCGUCUUAUAUCAGUGGUACAUCUGUGUUUUUAUUUGUGUUAGACUCAAAAACAAGUAUGAUUUGCUGUACUGUAUGCAAGUAUGUGAACCGCUUGAUGCUGUUGGACAAGAGAGACUGGCUGGUGUGUGGUGGGGGGUUGGUGGAGGUUCUGCUGAAUUCAAAUGGAGCCAAAUUCUGCUGGAAAAAAAAUAAAUACCCGCCAUCGUUUGAAACGAGCGCCUUCAAACAGAAAUUGAACUGUGACUGCUUCAUCCUGACUACAGACUUCACAUGGACGCUAAGGUUCUAUCACACUGAUGCCAAUAUCUUUAAAAUGUGAUCAGUUGUAUUGGUCCCAUGGAGGAUCAAGUAUUCAGAAGUUAGCUCUAAAUUGUUUGCAGAUGUUAAUAAUGUUAUAUAUGCAUAAACGUUAACCAUACUGGAGUCGACAGAUCCAUGUGGCUACAUUAAAGUCAUUCAAGCACAA